AGUCCUGUUUGUCAUCAAAUGUUCCUCAUCAUCACUCUCACUGGAAUCAAAUGUCUGCAACAAUUAAAAACCUCCUGUUUAUUCAGAUUUGGGAUCUCUGAAGGUGAAGUGUGUAAUUUUUUGAAUGUUCUAAUUCUUAGUUUAAUAUGGAGAAACUGUAAGAAUGACAACUAGAAGCAAGUCCAUAGGUUGUCAAGAGUGUAAACUGUUUUGUGGCACAUUGACAGCAUUUCUCUGUUUGAAAAUCCAAGUCUACUUCUGGCUCAAACAAGUGAUUUGAAGAAACUGUUAGACUGAAGUAUAAGACUUACAAGAAUUUUUAAGAAAAUGUAAGUAAUAAAUUGAAUGGAACACAGGAUGUCGAUAUAUUUUCUAAAGGUAGAUGUUUUAGCAAUGCUUCACAUUUACAAGAAACAAGAAGUCUUGUUUUCUGAGAAACUGAUCAAAAUGAAAGUGAGCUCAUGAUCAAAACUAGAACAAUUAUCUGCCAGUAAGCUCCGAAAAUCAACUUAAUUACUUAAAAUGAAAAACAAUGCAUUGCCAGAUUUGUUCCUACAAGGAAAUUAUGAGAAAGUUUAUUCAAGUGUGCUAUUAGUAUACUUCUUUUAAACUAAAAAUAGGAAAGUAUACUUCCAGUUUACUUCUUAUGUACUUCUCAGAAAUAUGCUUAAAAUACUAGUAUACUUGAUUUAUACUUAGAAAAAAAGGCUAAAUAUAUAUGAGCUAUACUUGUGCUCUGAGAAUCUGUGUUUUCAUUGUUAUACAUGAGAGAUGCUAUUACUCUUCUUCUGUACAGAAUUUCCAAAACACAAGUGAAGAAGAAACCAAAACAGAUGCUUCCACACUGCAAAAAAUGCAAAUACAUAUUUUCCCUUUUUACGAAACAUUUUGAGUCUCAAAUACUAAAAAAUGCUAUUUUCUUCAAACUAAAAACCCAUGUCAGACCAACAAAAUUACGCAAAUGUUGUCCCAACUAGUCAAACACAGUUGUCUGAGCAAAGAAUUUCAUAUUGUUGGAAUUUUAAGGCUUUGUAAGUUCCCAGCAUGCAUUGCAGCAUGAGUAAAUUAUGGAGUAUACUUACAGUAUAAAACUACUAAUCUAGUAUUUUACUUCAACGUGUACUAAAAAUGCAUAGAAAGUAUUUAAUUAGUAAACUAUCAGUAUACCUGUAAGUUCACUUUUAGUAUACUUGCAUUGCAAACUGAAAACAUAGGUGUAAACUAGUUGUGUACUCAAAGUUUACUACUGUUAUACUGUUAUACUUAAAAGUAUACUUUUAUAUACUAGGAAGUGGGCCAGUUUAGUCCCAAGGAGUAUUAAAGUAGUACACUACUAGUAUGCUGAUAUUUGAAUACUUACUACAUAAAGUACACUUAAAACAUACUUAAACUUUACUUAAGUAUACUUAAUAAAAUAAACUUGAAGUAUACUUCUUUUUGGUAAGGGGAGUCAUGAAGACUCUAAGAGUCUCUUGGGUAAGUAAGCAUCAACAAAACCAGCCAGAACAUUUUAAUGCCCUGACAUCCACCCUCAACACCCUAACGUCAAAGCAUAAGUACAAAUAAGCUUGUCGUUGCAGUUCUGUUUAGUAGCACAAAAAUUGCACACUUCACCAGAGGUUUUAGAAAGCCAGUCUUACUCAGAUGUUACUCAGAAAAAGAGAUGAGAAGGAUAGAGUUAUUCUCAGUUCUUCAGUCUUUAGUAAGAGUAGAUAUUUGCUAGGGCAGCAUGUGCAGUAUAAAGAGACGUGACCUGAAGGUUUUCACAUGUGUCUGCUUGCUCUCUGCUGGAGUGUGCCGGAGAUUUUGGUCACUGCCGAGGCACGUUGGUCGUCGGCGUACUUUAGGGGAUCUGUUCGGCACAGGCUUUGGCCAAGAGGAAAAGUACACCGCGAUCUAUCCAUACGCUGCACGCGAUCAAGAUGAAAUUGAUUUGGAGAGAGGCAUGACUGUAGAGGUCAUUCAGAAAAACUUGGAAGGCUGGUGGAAGAUCAGAUACCAAGGAAAAGAGGGCUGGGCCCCGGCGUCCUAUCUGAAGAAAGCUGAUAUCCUCAGUCAGAAGAUGGCAGCUGGAGCUCCAGUUCAUGCCAGCACUAAUGACCUAGACGUUGCUUGCAAACAGCAAAAUGCCAACAAGGAAAACAAGGAGAAUCAGCGCGACCGAUUUUCACCAUUUUCAGAAAGCAAGCGCAAAGCAGGAGCACGACAGAGGCCUCCACCACGCCGGGAUCUUACUAUACCACGAGGAGCAAAUCUGCCUAAACCUCCAGUGCCCCCACAAGUAGAGGAGGAGUAUUACACCAUAGCUGACUUUCAGACGACCAUCCCAGACGGCAUUAGCUUCCAGGCAGGAGUGAAAGUUGAAGUCAUCGAGAAGAACUCCAGUGGUUGGUGGUACAUUCAGAUCGAUGAUAAAGAAGGCUGGGCUCCAGUCACAUUCAUUGACAAAUACAAGAAGACUAGCAGUGCCUCUAGGCCUAACUUUUUGGCCCCCCUUCCUGGUGAGAUGGGUCAGCUGAAGCUUGAUGAUACCUCAAGCAAUAAUGCCAACUCUGAGCAAAGUUGGUCCAAACCCCUGCCAGAUGAACCUUCAUCCAACUCUGAUGUUUCCACUCGUUCCAAGCUGAGAGAAUGGAAGCCCAAUGCAGUCAAGAGCAGCUCCCAUUUUUCAGGGCCUUUGCCUCCUCCUCCAUCCUCACCCACGGCUGAAGAGAAGCCAGCUUUACCGCCAAGGAGAGAAUCCAUCAACAAGAGCCUGGAACUGGAGGACAAACCCAAAGCAGACCUUUCUAAACCUCUCCCGCCCAAACCACCAGCCCCAGGGGUCAUCGUCCCAAUGGUGACUCCAAAAGCAGCUCCUCUCAAACCAGACAAACCCCCAGAGAUGAAGAAGGAGGAGAAGAACAAGCAGCUCUACCUGCGCAACGAGAUGGGCUUGGAGUGUGGCCACAACGUCUCGGCCAAGGAGGUGAAAAAGUUCAACCUAAAGCAUGUGGCCAAGCAGCCUCCCAAACCCAAACCAGAUUUGCAAGAAGACAAGCCGGAUUCGGCCAGCCCAGCCCCGUUCCUCAAGCCGAAACCAGUGCUCAGACCAAAACCCCCACCUGCAACCAAACCAGAGCCAGUGGCUAAGAACGAGCUGGACAUCACAAACCUUCGGAGUAAGCUUCGCCCAUCUAAACCUCCAGAGCUCGGCGGCAACUCGACUGAUCCCAACCAACAGAGUGAUACGCCAUCCAGCAACCCCCCAAAUAAUGGCAGAACUAAUGAGGAGUCCAAAUUCCCCAGUAAACAACAAAACGGUCAUGACCCGUCAGAAACAACUAAACCACCAACAGCCGCACCAAAAGAGCCUCCCCAAAGGCCUUCUGUGGCGCCUAGAAGACCUCCUCCACCAAAGAAGUGUCCUGAGCCAGCCAGUCCUACAGAAGCUCCCAAAGCUCCCCAGAAAGACUUGCCGGAGGCCAAGCCACCCGGCCCUCCUCAGAGCAGACCCCCGCCACCCAAAACAAAACCAAAGGAGACGGAGGGACCCAAGCCCAAAGUACCCGUGCCACCGAAGCCCCUCAUUAAGACGGACAAACCGGGGCCUCCGAGAGACAAGCUCCCACCUCUUAUCAAGGAGCCGGCCAAAGAGGAGCUGUUCUUAGCUGUGGCGGACUUUGAAGGAGACGAGCAGACGCCUGGCUUCAAAGAGGGUGCUGUUUUCGAAGUUCUGGAGAGAAAUAAUAGCGGCUGGUGGUUUUGUAAAAGUGUGAGCGAUGGGCCAGUGAUGGAGGGCUGGUUCCCUUCCAAUUACCUGACCAAGAAACCUUAGGUACUCUUGACUUAGCUGCCUAAAGAAACUUAUUUAAUUAACAUCUGUUAUUUAUGGGUACCUUUUUUUAAAAAUGACAUUCCAUCCUUUGCAAGUUCAAACAGGCCAUAAUAAUUUGUUUGCUUGCUUUUUUUUGUAACUCUUUUCCCUUUCGGGGAAAACCAUGUGUGCUUUCAUAUGUUAGCACUGAACAUCAAGGUUCUUGCCUAAUCUUAUGUUAAUCAAACGUUAUAUGUAUCGCUAAAGGUUUAAGUGACUAGCAGUAUAUGCAGCCUUCAUGAUAAUGUGCCUCAAUAUAAUACGCAAAGCGCUCUGUGCUUUUGGUGUCGAUUAUGCAAACGUGAUGUCUAUCAGCAGAUUAGAAAUUCUAUAUUACGCAUACUAUGAAACCGUACAAGUAGCAGGCUUGAGCUUACGUGGCAAAAUCAACGCCUGGAGAAUUUGUUGAACUAGCUUCCUAUUGUUACGUUUCCAUUUUGAAGCUUUUAGUUUACAGAAAUUGGUCUGCUUUCUGGUUCUAACACUAUGAAACGCUACAAAUCGUGUUGCUUAUUUAUCUACUUUACUUUUUUGUUUCAGUCUGCACUUUUUUUUAUAGACUUUACGUAGAAAUCUGCACUGCGGAACUGACGAGUAAAGGGAAGGUGCAGAACGAGGAGAAACAGGAAACACAAACACAUGGCCUUAAGGGUUACAGAACAGUGGCACCCAUUUCUUAUUUCAUUUUUAUUUGAUUUCUGUCACAUGAAUGUUUUAGCAAACAUUGAUAUUAAAAAAGCAACCCCCUUAAUGCAGUACCAAUCAUAUACAUUAGUGAAUAACAGAAUACCUCAGAACAGCCAUAAUAUUGUCAUUGUUUUAUAUCGUCAGUAUUGCCCAAACAAAGUAUUUUCAUAUCACUGACAAAGGUGCUUUAGAUAUUUUACGAUCAUUGUCAAAUGUUUUAACAUUCAUGCUUGACUGGCUUCAAGCAUACAUUUGAUAAACAUGUUUAUUUUUAACACUACAUUUGAAAAUGUGGUUUAUUAUUUUACGAAACUAUUUCUUGUCUUUUUUGACAGUUUUGUUAUCCGUUCAUUUAUCAGAAAGCAGUGUUAAAUAGGUGCCCAGGCUCACUUGACAAUACCGGGAGCACCGAAAAAUCCUAUGUUUGUUUUGCUCUAUGGUCAUCAGCUCCUAGUUGCUAUAAAAUGCAUUCAUAAAAGCGCUCCAUCUAUAAAAAAAAAUGUGCAACAAAUGCAAGUGCCUGAGUUUGGAAAGGAAAAUGGAAGGUGUUCUUAAUAGGUUUUUGCAAGAAAAUGACUAUGAGAAAAAAAAAAUCAUAUGAAGGAUAAAAGAGAGAAGAGGGAAAAUGCUGCAAGUAUGAAACUUGAGUUUCACAGAUAUAUAAAAUUCAUGUUGAAACUCAAACCAGGUAAAAAUGAACAAAGGCAAGAUGACAUGGGUAACCUGUUUGUUUGUUGUUUUCUAAGCAUUUUUGUGAUGUUUUGUCCGUAGUAUUUCAAGUUUUGACUUUUAACUUUUUUCUUAAUGUAAAUCAAAUAAACAUUUCAAAUAGUCAAAAAAUGUUUUAUUAUUAUUAUUUUGAGCAAUUUCAUUUAUACUGGUAUUAAAACUAUGAGAGUUAUCA